GGCUUGCCAAAUCAGAUGAGCGAGCAGUUUGAAGGGGAGAGAGCUCGGAAAGUGAAAAAGGAGCCAACUGCAAAGCAAAAAAGGAAUUCUUCCAGAUCCUGGUCACCCCUUCACCUCUCCCGGCCUAACGAGGCCGGGGAAUGUCCCGGCGGCGAGAUGCCUUAUGUGGACCGACAGAACCGCAUCUGUGGCUUCCUGGACAUUGAGGAGAAUGAGAACAGUGGCAAGUUCCUGCGACGGUACUUCAUUCUGGACACACAGCAGGGGAGCUUGGUUUGGUUCAUGGAUAACCCUCAGAACCUUCCAGAAGGUGCAGACUGUGUUGGCUCACUCAAGCUCACCUACAUCUCUAAGGUCAGCGAUGCCACAAAGCUGAGGCCCAAAGCAGAGUUUUGCUUCGUCAUCAAUGCUGGGAUGAGGAAGUUCUUCCUUCAGGCCAAUGAUCAGCAGGACCUUGUAGACUGGGUCAACGCUCUCAAUAAAGCCACCAAGAUCACUGUGCCAAAGUCAUGUGAAAGCCAGCAGAAUUCAGAAAACCAGAAGGUUUUGCCAGACGUGGUUGGCUCCAGGAAACAGGUGUCCUAUAGGACGGAUAUAAUUGGAGGAGUCCCAAUCAUAACCCAAACCCAGCAAGAAGGUGGUGAGGGUGCAAACAGAUCAGAGCGUGAGGCCUUGCAUCGAUCCCACAGUCAGCUGCCGUACUUUCUGGGCAGGCCGGCGCAAGAACACAGCGUCAUCAAGUCAGGCUACUGUGUGAAACAAGGAGCCGUGAUGAGGAACUGGAAGCGUCGCUACUUCCUCCUUGAGGAAAAUGCAAUGAGCUACUUCAAGUCUGAUUUGGAAAAAGAGCCUCUGAGAAUGAUCCCACUAAAGGAGGUUCACAAAGUCCAGGAGUGCAAACAGAGUGACAUCAUGAUGAGAGAUAAUCUGUUCGAGGUCGUCACCACAUCCAGGACGUUUUAUAUCCAGGCGGACAGUCCGGAGGAGAUGCACAGUUGGAUAAAGGCUGUCUCAGGGGCCAUUGUAGCCCAGCGGGGUCCUGGGAGGUCAGCUGCUACAAUGCGGCAGGCCAGACGGCUGUCGAACCCCUGUAUACAGAGGUAUACAUCUCGAAUCGGGGAGUGCAGCAGCACGAACUCAGCAACCGUCCCACAUUCUACCGCAGCCCAGCGGGUCCCCCCGUCCCUCGCUCGCCCAUAUCUACCGUGCAACCAUGCUACCCAGAGCGGGGGGAUGCUGUCUCGUGCAGCACACGCUCGCAGCCUGGCGUGGGACAGCGAGCACUUCAUGAGCCUGCUGCCGCGCCCCAUUCACAGCCACACGCCGGCCCGCCUGUCCCUGCAGGAGACGCGCCUCGCCAAGUGACGUCCCCGCCUCCUACAGUCGACAUGGCAGACUCCGAGGAGUCGCCGUGGAGACGUCGCAGCAGCUUCGAGCCCCUAGUUCCUGAAACUAAUCCGGACCUUGAUGAUGCUGAUCUGCCAGUGAGUCAGGUCUGACCCACUCUAAGCUGGACUAGAAGGCUUCCAUCUGUUGAACAGGAAAACCUGAGAAUCCAGGCUUUGGUUAACAAAAAAAAAAAAAAAGUAAUACAAACCCUUCAUCCACAUACGACCAUGGAGCCGGCGAAGCUGCACUCCUCUGCCAAAAGCAACCCAGCGUUCACCUAAACCCCUGAACUCCAGAGGCUGUCAAAUCUAAACUACAUGUUUGACCUGCUCUGAACGAACUUCAGCAUCAAGGCUUUAUUUUAACACGUUUAGGCACAGAGAUUUUUAUAAAUAAAAUUGUGCCAACGAAAUAAGGGAGCUUUUAAAAUGCAAGCUUUUUCAUUAGUGUUUGAAAAAAGAGUGAACUUUUUUGUUUGUUUUUUUUUUAAAUUUGCUCCGGUUCAUGUACACACUAAUUUUACCAACACUGGAUAAAACGGUAAGAAGUAAAUGUUUGCAGCAAAAAGUACAUAUGCUUGAAAAUCUGCCUCUGACCUCUUUGUUUUCAGGUAUCUCUGUGGGAUGGGCUUUAGCAUAAAGUUAUAACCACUCACAUAAAGCUGCCCUCGCUUGUUUAUUCCACCUCCUGUUGGUAUUAAUGAAGAACAAAACCAUAGGCUGAAUCGGCUUCAUUUUCAGACUGGAUUUGCGUGCUUUGCGGCAUUUAGACGUAAAGGAUAAAGUGAUUAACUUGUAUGUUUGCCGACCAAACGGCAGAAAGUCACUCAUCAAAUCAUCAUCAUCACAGCGAAACACUGAGGGUAUUCACUUGCUUCAUUUGCAUGCUAAUGUUUUAAAGAUUCUUCAGGUGAUCUUGUUUCUUUUCCUUUUUGGUUAUCUAAAGAUUUUUCUGUUGCUGUGAGUUUGCAGGUUUAUGUUUUUAUAUGCUUUUAGAUCAGAUUUUCUUUUUUUUUUUUACUGUGUCUGUACCUCCAGUGUAAUUCUAAGCAGCUACCUGACGGUGUUAUUAAAAAGAAACAACUCACUGUUAUCCUACUAGAUGAUGCACACUAAUCCUUCUUUUUCUUUUAAGUGCCUGUCUUACUUCAGUCUAGUAGUCCCGAGCUAUUUCACUCCUAUUUCAGUCUGGUGUUUGAAUUGUUUCUAUUUAUUAAGUGGAUGACUUGAAAGAAAUAAACACUGCAAAUGUGC